GAUCAGUUUUGAGAACCAGAGCUCUGAUCCCAGGUCUUAAGGAUUUGGAGAAAAAAUGAACAUGUCAGCAAUGAAUAACACGGUAUCCUCAACAGGAACAUUCUCAACCAACAAUUUCACAUCCGAUGACUCAUUUCAUUGCGAUCCACCUGGAUCCGCCCAUAAUGCAGCUUUAAUAGCAAUUUACAUCAUUGUGCUCAUGGGAGGUUCUAUUGGAGCCUUCGUCAUGGCUUGGAAAAUUAAAACAGACAGCAAAUCUGUGACAUCCACUGCCGUUGUAAAUCUUAUACUGAUGCACACAUUCUUUCUCCUAACUGUGCCUUUCCGCAUCUCUUAUUACGUUCUUGGUGAGUGGAAGUUCGGUGAAAUGCUUUGUAAGCUGGUGAGUGCAAUGAUUCACGUUCAUAUGUACCUGUGCUUCAUGUUCUACGUGGCCAUAAUUGUCAUAAGGAUGCUCAGUUUCUUUCGAGAAAAGAAGACAGUGGAGUUUUAUCAACCUUGGCAUGCGGGGGCUGUGAGCCUGGUUGUCUGGACAUUGGUGUUUUUUGCCAUUUUCCCACUGUUUCUGGGUUUCUAUGGCAUUUCAAAGAACUAUAACCAAAAGCAAUGUUUUCAGUUCCAAGCUGAAAUUGCAAAUAAAUUUGUGAAAUUUGUAAAUCAUCUUUCCGGCACCGUUGUACUAUCGACGAUCUGUGUUUUGCUUGCCAUUCAGAUAUAUGUAAUAACGAAAUUAACGAACAAACAUGCAGGCACCUUUCGCAAACAGCAGCAGUUUGGAGCUCAAACAAAAACAUUGCUGUUCUUACUGAUUAUGAUUUUGUGUUUUCUACCGUACCUUGGAUUCAGGUUGUUCUACGUAAAGCAAAUCAUGAUUUACCCUUGUUCAUUGAACUUACACACCGUUAAUGAAAUAUUUUUAGCACUAACUGCAAUGAGCUGUUUUGACGUACUUACCUUCCUUGUGGCGGCACAUUGA